AUGGCUCUCAACAUCCCCGGACUGAUCGCUACCAUCGUCUUCUACCUGCUGGUGCUUGGGAUCGGCAUCUGGGCUUCCAUCAAAUCCAAAAGGGAUGAAAACAGGACGCAGGCUGAUCAUGCAGACAUGGCUCUGCUGGGAAACAGAAAGAUCAGCUUGGUGGUCGGCAUCUUCACCACGACAGCUACCUGGGUCGGAGGAACCUUCAUCAUCGGCACCGCUGAGACGGUUUACGACCCGAAGCUGGGCCUGAUUUGGGCCGUGAUGCCGCUAGCAGCAACGCUGGCCUUCGUUCUCGGUGGCCUUUUCUUCGCUGAGCCGAUGAGAGACAGGAAGUACGUGACCAUGAUGGAUCCGUUCCAGAUCAAGUACGGAAACGGGCUGAGCGGACUUCUGUCGGUGGCGCCGCUCAUGUCAGAAAUCAUCUGGGUGACGUCGACACUGAUAAGUUUGGGCGUGACGAUGAGCGUGAUCCUGGACCUGUCCUACGCUGUGUGCAUCUGGAUCUCUGCGGCCGUCGCCAUCACCUACACCCUGCUGGGAGGCCUCUACUCGGUGGCCUACACGGACAUCAUCCAGCUCACGCUCAUUUUCAUCACCUCUUGGCUCUGCGUCCCUUUCCUCUUCAUGAGCCCAGCGUCUGUGGACAUCACCACCACCUCCUUCAACCACACCUUCCAGCCUCCCUGGGUCGGCUCUCUGACCACAGACAGGGCCUGGAUGUGGAUCGACGUCUUUCUGCUGCUGAGUGUAGGAGAUCUGGGUUUUCAGGACUUCCACCAGAGGACGUUGUCGGCGUCCUCCUCGGACACGGCGAAGCUUCGAUGCUACGCUGCAGCGUUUCUCAUCCCCACGUUUGGAAUCCCUCCGGUGCUCAUCGGAGCAGUGGCUGCAUCCACAGACUGGAACCAGACUUCGUACGGGUCUCCGCCUCCGUUUGAACGAGGUCAAACAGGUCUGAUUCUGCCUCUCGCUCUGACCCACCUGACCCCUCCGUACAUCUCCGUCGUCGGCAUCGGGGCCGUGGCCGCCGCCGUGAUGUCAUCAACCGACUCCGCCCUGCUGUCUUCAGCCUCCAUCUUCUCCUCAAACAUCUACAAGAAGAUCCUGAGGACCAAGGCGUCAGAGAACGAAAUGCGCUGGGUGAUUCGUAUCGCUGUGGUCUUGUUCGGGCUGGCCGGGACGUCGCUCACCUUCCUGCACACCGGCGUCAUGGCCUUCUGGGUGCUGGGCGGAGAAAUCGCCUACAUCCUGAUGUUCCCGCAGCUGGUCUGCGUGCUCUUCUUCGACAUCUCCAACGGCUAUGGAGCCGCUUCGGGCUUCCUGCUCGGGUUUUUCUUCAGGCUUUUGUGCGGAGAGCCGUUGCUAGCGUUACCGCCUGCCAUCCACUUCCCAGGAUGCACCCUGGAAGACGGAGUUUACGUCCAGUAUUCUCCCAUCAGGACCAUCUGCAUGCUGGUGGCUUUUGCCACCAUACUGGGCGUCUCCUUCCUGACUUCCCUCCUCUUCAACAGAGGACUGAUACCGGAGAGGUGGGACGUGUUUCAAGUUAAAGUCCAGCGCUCACCUCAAACACAAACGCCGACAACAGGUGACACGGGGAGACAUGAGAGCUCAGAGACUCAAUGCGAGAACGGAGUUUCACAUCCGAUGUUGGAAUCGACAUGUUGAACAUCAGACUGCUGCAGUAAUGGGACACGAAACACGGAAUUACCUCACAACACAUAACAACACAUACUCAUUCAGAUUCACCUGAGAACAGAUACUUCAGGUGUUUAACUGGACAAACUUGAGGAGGAAAGUCUGUCUUGAGGAUAAAAAUAAAGAAAAACAUUCAGUGAAGAUACCAAUAA